CCAACAUCGUGAAGCAGGCUGAGAAGCUGGUGCGGCUGUACGUGGAUCUGGCCGCCAUGCCGGCUCCCGUGGAGGAGGCGCCGCCGCCGCAGCCCUUCCCGGCCAGCCUAAAACGACAGGUGGACGGCGGUCAGCUGGACGAGCUGCCGGUGGUGUCCGCCCCCCUGCCCGCCGACCCCGGGGCCGCCUACCAGGACCUGCCGCACCUGGUGGGCUUCGAACCCACCAUCUCGUAUGCAGGCGGCAUCAACAAGCCCAAGAUCCUGGUGGCGCUGGACAGCUCCGGCGGGCGGCACCGACAGCUGGUCAAGAGCGGUA